UGCCUUCAGGUGCACUGGUAGUUGUCAAGCACAUUACUGUUUUCUUUCCUUCUUGGCAAAGAAGAUCAUCAUGCUGCUUGCAAAACAAGUUGCAAUUUACCAAGGCAGAGUUCCCAGUUGCACUUGAACGCAGCACGACAGGGAUUCAAACAAGAGUUAUGGACGCUGCAGGUUUGUCGGAACAACUCGUGACUGAAGCCUGCAAGGAUGGAGACCCCGCCACUAAGGACUACAUGAUGCAACAAACCAUGCUGAGGGUCAAAGAUCCUGCUCGCUCCCUGGACUUCUACACCCGCGUCCUGGGCCUCACGUUGCUGCAGAAGAUCGACUUCCCCUCCAUGCACUUCAGCCUCUACUUCCUGGGCUAUGAGGACAAAGCUGACAUUCCAAAGGACAUCCGAAACAGGACAGCAUGGACGUUUUCCCGCCGAGCCACCUUGGAGUUGACACAUAACUGGGGGUCAGAGAAGAAUGCAAGCUUGUCUUAUCACAACGGCAACAGCGACCCCCUUGGCUUUGGUCACAUUGGGAUCGCCGUGCCUGAUGUUAGCGCUGCUUGUCAGUACUUUCAAUCCCAAGGAGUGAGCUUCAUCAAGAAACCGGACUCAGUAUGUGCGGGAGCCAAAAUACAGCCCCAGCCACCUAGAAAGUCCAAUCCAAAACAACAGCUGUGGUACCCAGGGAACCAGGGACCACCAGCACUAUGCAGCCAGCGAGCAACAGUAACCCCAGAACCGGGCAGUACCGGGCAGACCAUAGACAGACGCGCCCGGCAGAGGACAAGGCAAGGGAGAAGCAGAAGACCACACACCAUGCGGGCAGAAAGACGUUACUCCCCGCAGCUGGACAAGAAGACCGCCUCGCCCCACAGGCAACCAGACCCCCACGAGCCCAACCACUCCCAGGAGAGCAGGGCGGGACCAGUCCCAGGCUGCCCCACUCAAGUCGACCACAGCAGGACUUUCAGGCAGGGGGCCACAAGAACCACCUGCUCCACCCUUGUACAGACGCCAACAAUGGAGAUGGACCAUCCAGUAACCGCCACUUCCUGAAGGAAGAAAAAAAAGAAAGAGGAGAUUACAGACAUGCAGAAGGACCAGGCAUCCGGAAGGACCAGCAGUUAAAACACUAUCAUCGUGAAUAGCAGUUAGGAUGCUAUCAGCGUGACCAACAGUUAAGAUGCUGUCAUCAUGAACAGGGGUCUGCAACCUGUGGCUCUUUUAUAAUAUAUUAUAUACUGUAGUUACUACACUUUACCUUGAUGCGAUUCAAUCCUGGCACCGUCAUGGGUCUUUUAAAGUUCUGUAUCAGCCAUUCAAUUCUAGGAGCUGUGUUUUCUGGUGAGAAACCAUUACACUUAAUUUGUCAUGAUUUUAGCUUGUUAGCUUCCUUUUUGUUAAUAAACAAUGGUAACUAGAGAGGGUUUGCAUGUUAAUGGAACUAGUAAUGUGUUACAAUACUUUAAUUGCAAACAAAGAAGACAUUUGCCUCAUGACUGAAUCACAUCAGCACAAGACAAGUAGUAAAAGCCAACCAAUUACAGCCUUUGCUGCGUUGCUGCUAUUCAAGGUUAGACCUUUUUUUAGGUGUACGUCACAUGACACAUGAGGAUUUGGUGGGAGAUGACAAAGCUCGCCUUAACGCAGUAGCAUAAACAAUUUGUAGAUAGAAUAGAGCAAAAGUACGGAACCAUGGAAAUACAUAGUAAUGGAGAAUCGUGAAAAAAUGGAGAUGUGUGACAACCAAUGUUAGACAUAAUGCCGUUGUAUAAUAACGGCGUUACCCACACACACAACUUUAACUACUACGGGGGAGUAAUUAACAACAAUCCAAUAAAGCGAUAAUCAUGUAAUCCCACAAUACCCUUCUUCUGGACAAGGAGCGAUACAGCCACCAGAGCACAUUCAAUACCUGUAUGAACUAGAAUUAACUUAUUUUUCAAAGUAAUUUGCCAAAUGCUGGUGACAACACAACAGAUUACAAAACAAAGUUGUCCAGCAAAGUUGGAUUUUGAUUAAUUGUCAGGUGGCGACAGGGGUGGGUCGUUACCCCGGGAAAAUAUAAAGAGAAACUAGAAAAUAAACCAGUGACAAAAUAACAUACAAAAUAACAGGGGGGUAUAACAAGACAGCAACCUAACGUGGCAAAACUUUAAAGGAAACUGUAAAUGUAGCCUUUUCUUCAAUAUAGUGGUCAAAUAGGUUUUGUGGCUCCAAAUGGCUCUUAUUAUGCAAAAUGUUACAGAUCCCCGAUCAUGACCGACAGGUAAAACACUGUCAUCCUCACCAGCAAUUAAAACUCUAUCAUCUUGUCCAGCGGUUAAAAUGCUACCAUCCAAUAAUGUA